CAAUAGGCGCAUUUAAGAAACGUCACAGAAGCUAUUACCUACUAUUGGCAACGGGGCAGGGCUUGCUGGGAUAGCAUCCGGGAACUAGUCCGGGUCUCAUCCCGCCUGCAGCAUGGGAGAACGUGCGAUGUUUCAUUCAACGCGGGAACGGCUAAAUAUCUUAGGAUGGAGAGCUGCUGCAAGUAUUGCUUGGUCUGUGCUGUUGCUUCCUCUCUGUGUUGCCAUCUUCAUCAGCAUUAGUAGUAUUGACUUUUUCCACCCUGUACAGUGGAUCACAAGUUCAUUCAAUGAUUUGUAUACCUCCUAUGUUAUCUUUUGCAUACUACUGAUGUCUGUGGUGAUACUGGUAAUAAAUAUAUUCAAUGUUGAGUUUCAUGCAGUUGUGCCUUCUAUUCCAUGUUCUCGAUUGGCACUGAUAAGCAAGAUUAUCCAUCCACAGCAAGUAAUCCAUUCAGUGGUUCAUGCAGUAAUGGGAAUGUUGGUGGCCUGGUGUGCUGCAGUUAUGACAAAGGGGAAGUUCUUACUUUUAUCUGUACCCUGCACAGCUACAGAAAGUGCAGCUGAAGCUGAUCCUCACAAGUGCCUGAAUGAGUAUCACCUCUUUCUCUUGCUUCUUGGAGCUUUCAUGGGUUACAGCUAUAGCCUCCGGUAUCUUAUCAACAAUUUGAACUACCUUCCAUUCCCAAUCAUACAACAAUACAAGUAUCUACGCUUCAGAAGAUCUCUUCCACUGCUGGCAAAGCAUAGCUGUGUGGAGUCACUUUAUACAGUUAGGAACUUCUGUGCAGUCUACUACUUCUUUGGUUAUAUUCCAAGGGCAUGGAUAGUUACUACAAUGAACCUUGACAUUGAUAGUACACUCCCUCUUCUAGACACAGUGGCUGGCCUCUUGGAUUUGUCUCUUUUGUACCACAGCUGGUUAUGUGGUCUGUUUCUUCUGAUGACUUGGUACAUUGCAUGGCUACUCUUCAGAAUUUUUUCUACUGAGGCUCAUCACUUUCCUGUCCAACCAACUUUUGCAGAAGAAGUUGACCAGUGUUUGCCCAAAAUCCUAAGCAGCAACCCUCCACCUCUUUUAAAGUUCUUGGCUUUACAGGACCUGAUGUUUCUUUCCCAGUAUUCUUUUGUGCGACGUCAAGAGGUCUUCAGCCUCAGCCAACCAGGUGGACAUCCUCACAACUGGACUUCAAUUUCCAGGGAGUGCUUGAAUCUUCUAAGUGAUCUGACACAGAAGCUGAUAAUUCACCAAGAGGCUGCAGCUGCAAAUGGGAGACUGAAACAGUCAUCCAUGGGAGACCUGAGUCAAUCCUUCAGCCCUCCAGGAGAAGCUGUGGACGAGAGCUCAUUUCAGACACCAAGGUCCAACAUCCUUCCUCGAGCCCAGAUGCCUUCUCUGGUUAAACCAUCUGUGUUUUCUUUAAAAACAUCACCUUCAUCUGAACUGGGAAGCAUUUUAGGGUCACCUUUCAGUCCUCCUCCUCUACAUCGCAAGCCUGGAAUGUUGGAUCUAAAUUCACCUUGGCAAGGAUCUACCCAGAGUCCCAAUAUUAUGAGAAGAGGGACAAAACUCUGGACAUCAAGUUCAGAUUUGCAGUGGACAGGCUCUCCUCAUGAAUCCCGCCCAGUGGCUGCUGUUGCAAAAAGUGCCAGUGAAGCAGUGCAACCAGGUUUCGUCUAUCUAUGGCUGCAGAGCAAGAAAGAACAGAUCAAAAGUUUCUUAUCAAAACGAGUACUGAUUAUGUACUUUUUCAGUAAGCACCCUGAAGCCUCAAUCCAGGCUCUCUUUUCUGGUACCCAAAUGCACAUUUGGGCUUUGGAAGGCUUAUCACACCUUGUAGCAGCCUCAUUUACUGAAGAUAGAUAUGGAGUUGUCCAAACAACGUUGCCAUCUAUAUUGAAUACUUUGCUAACUCUUCAGGAGGUGGUAGACAAACACUUUAAGCUUCCUCAUGUUUCCAGCAAACCUCCCAGGAUUUCAGGGAAUCUGGCAGACACUUCAUACAAAACUCUUCGGUUUGCUUUACGAGCUUCACUGAAAACUGCAAUCUAUCGGAUAACCACGACUUUUGGAGAACACUUAAAUGCAGUGCAGGUAUCUUCAGAACACAAGAAAAGGCUCCAACAGUUCCUGGAGUUGAAGGAAUAGUGAAGUUGAGCUGUGUUGCAGAGCGAUAGUGCAUGUUCAGCAGCUGUGGAUCAAAGAAAAGCAAAAUGAUUUUGAUCUGUUCUACUGGUUUGUUGAAAGUGUACUUUACUUGCAAGUCAUGAGGUGACUAAACUGUCAAGAGAAGUACCUGAGAGACUUGGACUGCUUUACUGUGAUGUUUUGUAUAAUAAAUUUUUUUAACAAAGA